AUGGAAGGGUCUGUGGGUUAUGAAUGUAUACUAAAGUUAAAAGGGGGAGACACUGCCAGUUCAGAAACUUCUAGCCAAGGUGGAACUGGUAAUAAAGCCCAAGAUGUUCGACGUCGGCAAAAACGACAAGAUCUUGAGGUCCCUACAAGUUAUGUUCAAGGGUUAAUCAACAGGAUCAUUAAUAAUGUGUGUAUUGUUUGUAACAAUGUUAUUCUCAAAUAUGUUGAAGAUGACAUUGUUUUAUCUAUCAAUGUCAAGACCUUAGAGUUUCGCUCAGUUGAUGGAAACUGGACCCCAGCAUUUAUAGAUUUGACAGCAGAGGACCUUAUUUUAAGAAAUCUGGCUACUCUAACUGAUUUGACCGUUUGUUUGGACAAGAGAAAUGCCUCAGGAAAGAUUGAAAAUUAUCAAGAACCACUUUUGUAUCGAUGCUCCCUCUCCUGCCGAGUGGUGCGUCAGUUUGAAUCUGUCAACUCAAUCCAGCCUCUCUGCACAAGAUAUGAUGUCUUUUGCCCUCAGUUACAUUUCAGUUUAUCAGAUAUGCAGUUGCCUAUGUUUUUGAGACUACUGCAGUUAUCCUUAGCAUUAUAUUAUGGGGAACUUGGAACCUAUAUGGAAACAGAGCAAACCACAUGUGUUCCCUUGGGAGAGGACCAAGAAAAUGCUCUUAAUGAGGAUUUUGCCAAUGAUAAUGCUUCAUGGUCAUCGUGGGCUUGGUCUCUGGGGUCAGCUCUCUUGCCAGUUUACUGGGAAGAUGAAGAGAAUGCCUUGUCAUCUCACAGACACAGACUUAAUAAAACAUUACAUAUGGGUCUCUACGUAGAAACUGCAACUUGGACAUUCAAGUUGACAGAAUCUGUGCAAGAGAGUGGAUACUUUGGCCCAACAAAAAUGAGAUUUACCCCUUUCAUGAGGAUAGAACAUCAGGGGAGUUUUAUGACUGUGGUUGUUAAGGGUCUAGAGGCUGUAAAUGUCCAGCUUGGGAUAUCGUCUCUUACUGUUGAUCCAGUCGGCAUGUGCAUAUGUGGAAUUGCUGAUAUUCAGGAGGGUGAUAUUUCAUCGGGUGAAGGCCAGACAGUCAAAGCCAAAGGAGUAACAUCCUUCAUAAGUGUUGGUCAAGAUGGACAAGAAUAUCUAUCGCAGUCGUUGUUUGAUCCACAGGUUUUGAUGGAAGCACAAGAACUGUGGGAUUAUUCAUACACUUGGGAUAGACAUACUAAAGAUACAACAGAAGCAGUAAUGUUGGCAAGAACGGGUGCAAUGGCUAUGGAUUACUUUUACUACAUGGAAAUUCCUCAGGAUAUGAACAGUGAGCAACUAUCUGAGAUUAGCACGGAUUUAGAGUUCAGUAACAUGAAUGAACGCGCAAUUUGUCGGGUCGUAUUUGGAGCCUCUGAAACAAGCUUGUCAUCGGGGUUAUAUCAUCGAGUUGAAGCAGUUUCUCAUGCUCUCAGCCAGCAUGAUUAUCCUCCUUAUUCUAAUCCCCCAAGCUAUGCAUUUAAGGAUUCUGGUAACUCUGGAAAGAGUGCACCUAAAACUGCCAAAGAGGAAAGUUCUCAGAAUCCAAAUUUGACCUCAGACAUAUUAUCAGACAUUUUGCAAGUAUCUGAAAAAUUUGCAUUUAUUACAAAGAAGAUUGAGCCACCAGAUAACAUGUCUGCACCUUCUGAGGAAGAAGUUGCAAUUCUUGAGUGUAACACUCCAAUCCGUUCAUAUGUAGUGACAGUGAUUGAACCAACCUUAGUACUACAUGCAGCACAACAUGGCAAGAUCAACAUGAAGACUAUCUUCAGUGCUAAAAGAAGAAAGAGAAACCAGAAGGCCAGUGCUGAGUUGUGCAUGGCACGUGUAUUACCUGUUCCAAGUAUAAGAGUUAAACUGUCACGCUUUGACACUGAGUGGACCAAACCAAUGUAUGCCAAGAGACUCGUUUCAGCAGCCUGUAUGCUGCGACCCCCAUCACAGACAAUGCUUCAUAACUGCCAUUCUCAUUUAACCUUUACGGCCCAUAAUGUCUGUAUCGGCUUGCAGUAUCAAAACAACAUUGUACCACUUCUUCAAGGUUUCUCACCUUCACUCUACUAUAAGAGUCUUCUUCUGCCUGCAUAUUGGAUGCUAUCACAUCAACCCCACAAUGAAUAUUUUUGCCAUGCUGAUUCCUUAACCGUUGAGUUUAGCGCUCCCCAACUGAUGUUAUGCUAUCAGUUAUUGACGUCAUGGCAGGAGGUGCAGCCACAACCAGAACGUCUGCAUCAGGAUACUUUAGUGGAAGAUUCUCUCUCUGUCCGAAGAUUACCAGUGAUAGCAGUGAAAGUAGGUCAUGUAGAAGCCAAGUCUUGUGAUACUCCAUCACUAAGGGGAAAUAUGGCAACAGUGGGGACCUUAUCAGUAAGUUUACACCGACCUCAGGGAGACCUCUUGUGCCUCCUCUUUUCAGGACCAGAGGACAACACUGGUCUUGAGGUGUUGCUUCCUGAGACUUUGUCUGCAUCUGAUAAAUUGAUCAAAGUUGUGAUGCAGUUCCCCAAUGACAGCAGUAAUGAAAGUGUCCCCAGUGUGCUUACAGUUGGAAUGAAGAAGAUAGCUUUGUUGUUUGAUCCACAGCUAAUGCAGUGGCUUAGGUACUCACCAAGAAAAAUAGAUUCAGACAUUCUUACAGAAAUGGUAUUUCUGAAAAAAAUAUCUGAAGUAAGAGGGAUUGUAAAACCCCAAAGAAAGCCUUCUGAAACUGAAUCUGAGGUAACAAAAGUAGAGUCUUCAACAGCAACUUUAUCUGAAGCUAAAACGGGAAGUAGAGGAAUACUUUUCUCAACUCAAGAAUCAGCUGUGGAGGAGCCUCCAAAAUCAUGGAAAGAAAAAUUUGUCGAGUGGUAUCCCAUUUUAAGUAGACUUUUGAUUCAUGUAGACUUGGACACAGCCACAAUUUUUCUCUCGUCGUCUCCUCUAAGCAUUGCAUCCGAGUCUGGACUGGUUAAUGCUGUACAUCGCACCUACUUAACACGUAGUGAGAGAGUACUAGGAGAUACGUUGGUAUUGUGUCUCCCACACCUGGUUCUUCAUAAUGCAGCUCAAAAGCAGAAUCUUCUGCACAAUGUCUAUGAUGUACCUGUUAUGUUACCUUCUGAUCUCUGGGCCACAGGUAGGGAUAAACUUCCUUGGUCACUGAAUUUAGGCGGAUUUAGUGUUUACAGUUUACAUGGUACUGGUAACCAUGUGAAGUUACAAGUGCUGAAACCAGUGAAUACGACAGCUACACUGGCUAUCACAACUAAAUAUCAGGGUCCUUCCCUUAACCAACUUGGUCUAGUGAUUCACACAGACAUGUCACCUUUGGAUUUCUGUGGCAGUCGAUGCCAGGUUGUGGGUCAUGUGACCAUCUUGGAAAAUUUAUUGAACUUGGCUUCACUCUUUGUCAAACCUCCAAAAGAGUAUCCCACAGGGUCCACAUCAUCUACACCUGCUCCUCAGCCAUUGGAGGCCUCUUCUGAACCUACUACACUUCCGCCUUUCCAUCAGUCUACUUCUCCUCCCCUACAAUCACAGUUUCAGCCUUCCCAUAAUCAAACGCCACCCAAGCAGCUGAAUCACAGUAACUCUGAUCCCAACACCUUGUUAGUUACUGAAGUGGAAGAGGUUGAGGAGGAAAGAGUUCAAGUUGUAAGUGAAGCUGAUAUGCAAUCCUCUUCAGGCCCAGUAGUAACAGCUUGGGUUCAGUGGACUGUUGCUCGAGUAUCGGCAUCACUCUAUGCUAAUGAUGGCGGAGAAAACCGAAAGUUGAGGGCUGAAUUGGAAGACCUUACUACUGCUCUUGAUUUUCAUCAAGUUUAUUCAAAAGUUAAGCUCAAGGUGACUGCUGUAAGCAUACUCCAUUUUACUAAAAGGAAUAAUUCAUGGGUCGCUGGAGAACAUGAAGGUGUUGUGAUGACUUGUGGAGAUCAGUUAACUCAUGACCUGAAAGUCAUUAAUCCUCUUAAUGGCACAGUUGAUCCUCACUACCACUGUGGCCGUUCAAAUAACACACCAACAGAGCAACCCAAACCUCAUGGUUUUAUUUCGUUAACAUUGACCACAGCACUUUGCAAAAACAUUCAUUCCUGCUGGAAUACACUCAUUAAGAAACACUUAAAUGAAGAAAGAACAAUGCCAAGUGAUAAGACAGCGGAUCAUUACCUGAGUGAAGUUGACAUACGCAUUCAGCCAUUUGAUUGUGUAUGUUUUCCAGCAUCCUUGCAUAUUUUUGCAACUGUUUAUGAACCCUGGUUGCAGUUGCAAAUCCCAAAAAAUUUAAUGAAUACUGGGAGAGCUGUUUCCAAGACCCCUUUGGGUAUGCAAUUAAACAAUCACACACUGCCACUGGUGUAUCUUCAUGCAGAGACCAUCCGUCUCUUCCUCCCAUCACGUGACACGUCUAGUGAAGAUGCUUCUGUUCAGAAUAUGUUCCUUAUACAGCUCGAUUCUACCAUGAUUACUCCUCAGGUAGAUAAUCCACUCUCUCGUAUCAUGAUUCGAUCAGAUAUUUUCCAUAUGGCAGAGCGAGCUAGAAUAUUGGGUGUGCCAGGAUCUGAGGUGGAAGAUCGACAGUACCAAAUUGAUCUCUCAGGAUUUAGUGUCAGCACAGGGUCUUGGUAUGAUUUAGUUCAUGUGAAAGGAGGCCGCCCUCGGAGUUCAUCAGGAGAGCGGCUUCGAGUAAUGGGAGAAAACCCAGCUCUUGAAUGGAACAAUUAUGAUCCAACACAGGACAACAAGAACACAGAUAUAAUCCUUCAUCCUUUCAUUGCUAGAUUUGAUAGCAGAAUCAUUGCUGCUCCAGCCAUUGUUUACCGAGGAAAUGAAGAAGGUAAUGAAAACAUUUCAAAUGUUUUGGUGGCAGGACAUUCAUUGGAGAUUAAUGCUACAUCAGAUAUAGACUUGCACAUUAGCUUGCCACAGUUCACACUGCUUCAAGAAAUUAUUGAAGACACAACCAGGCUCAUCACACAGAUGGUUGCAAGUGGGAAAAAGGGAAGGGCAACCCAUCCACCUCGAGACAUUCAAGACAGUGGUGUUGACUGUGACAUAUCCUCUGUUGAGUUGACGAAGGGGAUGGUUAGUCAGAAGACCUCUGGUACUGCCAUAUCUUGGUCCUUUGUUCCCAUUGAGUUGCUGAUUACAGGAGGAAAGAUUACUGCCAGCGUGUUUGACAGAGGCUACUUGGAAGAAGGGCAGAAACUUAGCGUUAAGGGUUGGCAAAGAAGCAAACUUGAGCAAAGAGCUAAAAAAAGGGAGCGUGAACUUAUUACUGAGGCUGCAUCUACAGAGUCUGAGCCUUCACCAAAGAGGUUACCUCAGUUACGUCAGCGUCUGUCUCUUAGAGGUGCUGAUGGAGAUUCACACUCGGAAAAAGAAGUGGAAGAUGGUUAUGAAGGUUCAGAAGAAGGUUCAGUUUGUGAAGGUGGAGGAGUAAGUUCCAUGCAGCUCCGCGUCAUGCCCUUACUGUUUGUGGUGGUUUCACAACCCCAUGCUUUCCUUUCAUGUCAACCUCUAAAACAGAAGUUGGACAUUUCUUGCUUUGAUUUCAUUCUUCGCAGUGUGCCAAAAGGGUUCUCAGUUAAGGCAACUGAAGCCAAACGACUACCAACUCUUGAGGAUUACACAUCAUCUUGGUUAGAAACCCGCCCAGGUGAUCCUCAUCCCAAAACUGGCAUUCCACCUGCUCUGAUGGUAAUCUCGGCUCUUGAUUUCUUACACAAACCAGCUCGCAUAAAUAUGGAAGUGGGGAGACCAGUCCGGUUAUACUUAAGUGAAAGUCGAUGGCAACAAGUAGUUCACGUGACCAACUGUCUUUCUAAGGUGAUGCCAUCAAUGACAUCAGCAUCUGAACCUGAUGGAUGCUCUGGAGAUGACACCAGCAAACAUGAAGGGCCUAAAACUUCAUCUCCUGAAGUCCUACGCCAAAGCUUAGCCAAAUUUGAUAGCAUCUCCAUUGUUACAAGUCAGGUUGUUGUUAAUUGUGAAAUUAUGAAGCCAAACAAAUCCAAAACUGAGGCUCAUAGUAGUGUUUCAGGGUUUAAAUUUUGUGUGUCUACAUCUCGCAAACGCUCCACACAAACUCAGGAUGUUAAACUUGAUUUUAUUUCUGAAAUCCUUGUUAGUACUGAGGUCCAGGAUCUUCAGUUGAAAACAAUUUAUCAUUCCCAAAAACUUCAACCAUUCCUUCGUCCUUGGACAGUUUCAGGGGAGUUAAAACUUUUAUGGCUACAGUGGAGUUCUCAGCCUUAUAUAGAGGUGAAGAUUGAUACAGAAACACUGACAGUAGACUUAGGACCAGAACACCUUUUUUGCUUCAUGGACAUAGAGCGACAUAUUUCUGGUUUCCUUGGAAAGAAAGAGACUAAGCUGAGUACAAAAGACAGCUCAGAAAAGGCAGAAAAGGAGGAACGUCAUCAUGAUAUCUUGUAUCAAGAUGACCUACGUGCUGGCAUUUUUCAGUAUGUCAGCCUUGCUCUUGAAGAUCCAAAGCCAUAUCAGGUUGUGUUUGACAAAAUGGCAGGAACAAUGGUGUGGUGUUAUCCAGAGCCUCGUACAUUAACUAGGGUAGAUAUAUAUCCAGUCCCAUUUGUUGCUGCCUCAGAAUAUAGUACUUUGGCAGAUGCUCAAGAUAAAGAUCAGGUUAUGUGUGCCCUCCAGUAUUUUGAUUCUUUAAGAGACACUUUCAUUACUUACAGACAGUUUGAACUUUCAGAAUCCAAGUUCUGUCAACUGGAUCUUCCAAGUUUUUAUGAGAAACAGCACAUUGCAGUGUCUUCCAUGUGGAGAGUUGUUAUUGACUAUUGUGAAGAAGAGAGUAACUCAGGUGAUGGUAGAAUUGUUGUCUCACCUGGAGCUCUUGCUGCAUGUAUGAGAGUUGAUUCCAUGUUUUCUGUUGAUCUGUUGCCUCGAAUGCAAGCAGUUGUCACACUUGGUCAAGCACAAAUUACCUUACUCAAUCAUUUGUCUCUUACUGGCAAGAAAUUGCCGAAGGAACUUAAAUCUUACACUCUGGAUAAAUUAGCACCUGAAGAGCAACCUUUCCUCACAUGCACUUUGGAAAAUUGUUUUAUUCGUCAUUAUGUGUGGUCAGCUGCUGUGCAUAUGCAGGUUGGUGGCUCAUUGCGUGUGGAUGUACUGAGUUACAGUUUUCUUACUAACAGUUGUUUACUUGAACCAACCUUUAUAGAGGCACGCCUUGUAAAACAAAAUGCUGAAGGACCUGACAAGCCCAACUGCAUAGAUUCUUUGGUUACAAUAAAGCCAAUGUUCAUACAUAUUAAUCAGUCUCUCAUCCAUACAUUAAAUGUUGCCCAUGAAAGUUGGCUACAAGUUUCAUCAAUAGUUGCCGAUGUUGCUAGUGGACCAAAUUUAACUCUUCUCAAGAAGUCCCCUGUCAUUUUUAUGACCAAUUAUUUGAUUUGUAAUGACACAUUGGAAACUAUACGUUUUGGCCAAGUUGGAACUGAUGAAAAUAUACUCCUUUCAUCCCGUAGUUUACAUUUAUACUGUUGGAGAAGUCACAAAUUACCUCCAAAGUUGCAAGUAUGUGUUGAAGGAGGAAAAUGGAAAUGGUGUGAUCCAUUCAUGCUAGAAACAGAAGGAUCGCAGGUUCGCACCAUUCAUCAUGACAAUCACCACUUUCACUUUCUUGUAAUUCUCGAAACGCUGUCCCCCACUCAGAAGUUGAUCACAUUCUCAGGUUUACUCUCUGUUGCCAACUACCUCAGUGAACAUCUUGAAUUUCGUGUUAUGGAAAUGAGCAAAGAGAAGGAAUCCCCAAAGCAUACAGCAACACACAUGUUACAUAGUAAAACUGUAGCACCUUCAUAUGUAGGAGAAGCUCAUGGUGUGAGAGUAAGAUUGAUGGGUAAUCAAACUGUUUGGUCAGGGGAGAUUCCUCUGUCUCUAGAACGAACUAAGGAUUCUCUUCUAGUAAAGAUCCCUCUCAAGGUCAAAGGAGAGAGCAUUCUUUCAUGGUGCAGGGUUUUGAGACAGCGAGUUGGAUCUGUUUGGAGAUUGUUGGUUAUAUUUAGUCCACAGUAUAUGGUUCGUUCUCAUCUUCCAAGGCCUCUGAUACUUCAUGUUACUACUCCAAGUACUCACACUUCAAGUCAGAUGAUUGUCAAAGGCCGUGGCAACAUUCAUACACUUCAUUGUGAUAAUAAUGUGUCACAUCAUCUCACAUUCCAACUUAAUCCUGAGCUUGAAGUUUCAAGCCCCCCUAUUCCACUUUCUCGGGGCAUGGCUGAUCAGAUGAGGUUAUCACAAUCUCAAGAUUCUGUAGACAUUUCCCAGUACCUUCAGGAAUUAUUUGAUGGUCCAGAAGAUCGCUGGCCAUAUAUUGAUACAUCAGAUUUUGUGGGUGAUGUUUUGUUUGCUGACCAACCAAAAAUUGAUCUGCAGGUUGGAUUUUCAAGUCUUUCUCCUUACUGUAGUACAUUGGUUGUUGAUAUUCGUCCUUGGGCUUUGGUGGUGAACCAUACUGGUAUUGAAAUAUUGCUUCAGGAAGUUGAAUCUCCUAACUCAUGGUUUGUUCCUCCUGGGGCAGUGUUUGCCCCACCAAAAUUUGAUGGCUUAUUUACUAUAGGUCUCAUGGACAAAGAAGAACAUUUUCACACAACUUCAUUGCAAUUUUCCAAAGAAGAUAGGUGGUACAGUUUGAAGUUUGAAGGACGAAUACCACGAGAGGGAUCCGUUAGCCUGCGCAUCCCAACACAGGAUAAAGUAUGUUUCAUCACUGUGCUUUCAAAAUAUGAGGAGAACAUACAGAUAAUGCAUUUGGUGCCUACAUAUUCCAUUGCUAAUGAUACCUUGGAGGAGAUGACUGUGCGAUCAAUGUAUGUUUACUCUGGCGAAAUCAAAGUACAACUCCCCAUAUCUCUGCCGAUGGUACAGCUAUGUUCAAAGUCAAACAAUAGUGAAAUGAAAGAAUUAGCACUUCUUUUUUGGCACAUUCUGAAGGACCCAGGAUCGUCAAGUUCAGAUGAAGAACUGUGUUGCAUUCAGGUUGGUCAGAAUGGCUACCAUGGACACCCAGUAGUUAUUAGAGAUGGCCUUGCUGACCAGCGGAUGACCUUUACAUUGCCCAGUAAGGAAAAUGGUCCAAUUCUCAAUAGAUCAUUUUUGAUCACUGCUCAUAAGCAUUUUGGUCAAGUCAAAAUGAUUGUACAAGUGGACCCUUCACCCCAGAUGAUUUUGCACAACAAUACCAAGGCUCUUUUGAUACUAGGCCAAAGUUCCUUGAAAGAAGAGGGAAUUAUGGAGGAGGAGUUGGAUAUGUUUGCUGCCAUGCCUUCUGUUCCACCUUCCAAGGCCGUGCACUAUACAUUCCCAUACAUUUCCCAAAAAUUCCCAAACAUCUUGGCUAAUGGUGCUGCCUAUCCUCGAUUGCAUUUCUCUCAGCCAGAUAUUUUGAAUAAUGCAGAAACAGAAGAGGUAUUAUGGAGUCAAGGUGUAGAUAUUCAACAGCAUUAUGACCAAUUUGUAAGUAUCCCUGGUCACGGAGAUGUAAAGGUACGGAUUGAGCAUGUUGGACAUACAACCCACGUAUUUAUUGAUCCUGUGAGUCGAGUGGAAGUAUCCGCCAAAGACAUUAGAAGUCGUAUUGCAGCAGAACCCUCUAAAGGGCGGGUAGCCACAUCGACCAACAGAGGACGAGCAAUAAAAGAAAAAGAAGGAAUGUUGCCUGAAGGAGAUCCUCUGCUUGCACACAGAGCAAGUAUGGAUGCUGACUCAGUAUCCCUUAAAGAGGCUUCAUCAGAAGCAGUGACUCCACCAUCUCCAAAAUCAUCGCCCCCAAUACCUCAAACUCCCAAGGAACCAAAGUCUACUACUGUGUUUUAUUGCUCAUUUUUCUGUACACAGGUAGUUUUGGUUUUAAAGGAUGAUGUCAGUGACCAAGAAAAUAUCUCAGAAAUAAUGAGAAUUACUGUAGACAAUUUUAUUGUAAGUGCCCGUCCAAAGAUUGACCUUUCAGAAAAGCUCAGAGCACUGGAUUACAGAGUAAAGGAGCGCAUUGAAGUAAUUAUUUUCUUGGGUGAUGCACAAAUUGACAAUCAGCUCUUCAUACUUGGAAAAUAUGAUUUUCCAGUGAUUCUGAUCCGACAGAACCCUGAAACAUCUCCAAAGUUUUCAGCUUUUGAUCCAAUUGAAAGAGCAAUUCAAAUAUCACAUAAUAAUGCACUUUUUACCUUAUCUGUUAUUCUUGAACGUGCUCCUGUAGGUUUGUGCAUGUAUUCUGUCCAUAUAAAGCUCAAACCCAUUAGUUUGUAUGCAGAGGAUGCCAUAUUUUAUUCACUGAUGGACAUCUUGUCAUCUUUCCUUCCUGUGUCUAAGCACAAACCUUCAAAUCUUUGGGAAAGUGACAGUGAAGAUGAAGAAGAGGAAAAGUUACCAGUUGUUGUGAAGAUGCCUCAAGAGGUCCUUGUAAAAUCACAUGCUAUGACCUGGCCCAUUCAUAUAACGCAGUUAACUAUAGAGCCAAUAUCCUUGUUACUGAGUGUCCAUGCAUCCAUCAAACUUUACGUUGCACUAGACCAGUCUCCACUAAACUUUGGAAAAUAUGAUCGGCUGGAGAUAAGGACAACAAGUUACAGUCUUGGACACAACUUAGCCAUGCAUUAUCUUUCCGGAGCCCUUAUAAGAGCUGGGUGGGUUGUUGGCUCACUGGACUUGCUUGGAAAUCCUGGAGGAUUUGCAAGAAUGGUUGGAUCUGGUGUGAGAGACUUUGUUCAGCUACCCUAUGAGGGAAUACUGCUGGGACCAUGGGCAUUCAUUGCUGGCAUUACCCAUGGGUCCAUGUCACUUGUAAAGCAUCUAACAGCAGGUACUGUUGUGUCACUGACAAAUUUAGCUAACUCUGUUGCACGAAAUAUGGAACGGUUGUCAUUGGAUGCUGAUCAUGCAGCAAGAAGUGAGGCUGGACGUCGUUAUCAGUCCUCAGGUCUUGCUCAUGGCCUUAUGCAAGGUCUCUCUGCCUUUGGGAUAUCCUUAUUAGGUGCUAUUGGGGGACUUGUUCAUCAGCCAAUGCAAGCAAUAAUGAAUGAGGGUGUGACAGCAAGUACUGUUGUUGGAGGAGUAGGCAAAGGCCUAGUUGGCAUUGUUACUAAACCUAUUGGAGGUGCUGCAGACCUCAUUGUACACACAGGUCAAGGCUUAUUGCAGGGUGCAGGUUGGCAUCAGGAACAAGUAGCAAAGUUUCCCCCCAUGGUUGAACCUCAUAAUAUGGAAGUGAAUGCACCUUUGAAAUUAGUAUGGAAACUAGUAGCAGCUCUGCCUCAAGAGUGUAGGGCAGUGCUUGCUGCGGUUGAUGCCACACAUUUGACAGCUGCAGGCACCUACACACCAGUCACUAUCCUCCUUACUCCUCAAGUACUCUUUAUAUUGGGGGUUGAAGAAGAUGCCCAGCAGCAUGCUCUUCCACUUCAUGAAGUCACAUGGCGAGCCCAUGCAAGUGAUCCAACACUGAUUUAUAUUGAAAAAGUUCAGCCAGAACCCAAGCCACAGAAUCCUGAUAUGGAGCCUGUGAGUGGAUGUCCAGAACGAGUAGCAGACUAUGUGAGAAGUACAUGCAGUGAAGGUCUGGAGGGAGGUGGACUUGAUUCCUCUGCUGCUUCUUCAGAAGAAGAUGAGCAUGUUCCUGGUCACUUUCCUCGCAUCAAGCUGUAUGUUUCACCAAGGUUGAGACCUGCAUUGCUGUCUUCCAUCAACAUUGCAGCAAGAGCUAGUCAGGGGAGAGGGUUCAUUGUUUAGUCAUAGAUGACUGGAAAGGGAGAAGAGCAACCAAUUGCUUAGUGGACCAACUGGAGGGACCAGUAGACUACAGACAAAGAACUAGAGCAGAUUGGGAACAAGGCAAAAAGUGCGUAAGAUGAAAGACAUUGGAGGGAACUCAGCUACCCAAUUUUGUUUUCUAAAAAUUGGACACAAAAUCCUCCUUAGUGAUGGUGAUGAUGGAAGAACUAGGUUUUAGCUGAAAUUGUGUAUGUUGGGAGCAUUUUAAUCAGUUUAGGUACAUAACAUUCCUUUCAGGAUACUAUUAUUUUCCUUGUUAUAAUCACUUACUUGUUGUGUCAUGUUUAUUUUGUGUCACUCUAAUAUCUUACAACCCAAAUUGUGGGAGUUAUGUUUGGAUAUAAUUUGCAUAAUAUUCAGUGCAUUUGAGCUUAAAUAUAAUUUUAAUAGUUUAUUGGCAGGUACAUAUUACUGUGGCUACUUAGUGCAUUUUCAGCAUUGUUCUUCCUGCCAUUUUGUGAUUGCCAUGCCCUAGAUAACAUUAGCUGCAUAAGUUCAUUGAAUACAAAAGGUUUUUAUUGGUAUAGAUUGACUAUAGGUGUAGAAAAUUAUAUGACAGGAAAGUAGUUAUCUACUUUGUUAGUUGUAUAUAAUGUAGUCUGUUUUGGGAACUGAUGGUAGACAUAUUUAGCUGAUAUCAUUGAAGGUAAUCCUUUUUAGUGGUAUGGAGACUUUGUGCUAAAAUGUUCUUGCAUCUAUGUAUUUACCGUAUUUACCGGCAUAAAAGAUGCUCCCUCACAUAAGAAUGCACCCUUAUUUUACAAGGAUAUUUUGUGGAAAAAACAAUUUUAGUAUGAUUCAUAAUACAUUUAUUGAAAGAUAUUUUAAAGUGAUUUUGUAGGAAAAAAUGUAUGAUUAUGUGCAUAAAAUACAAUAAUGUGAGAGUACUGAAAUAAAGUAUGGACUUUGAAUGAUCAUGUGCAUAAAAUACAAUAAUGUGAGAGUACUGAAAUAAAGUAUGGACUUUGUUUGAAAUUUACUGUCAAUAAACAAUAGGCGGUGCUAUGCUUUUGUUGACAUUCACUCAUUGCAGAUGGCUGACAGGCUAACUGCUGAUGUAUUGUAAGCACUUUUUUGUAAGUUUGUGAUGACAGACAGGUAAUUCAGCUUGUUUUCAAUAUUUUAUUAUUAGUAAAACAGUUUACUUGAAUGAUUAGGCUUGUUUUUUAGGCUUGUUUUUCAAUGUUUUAUUAUUAGCAACAAUUUUUGUGCCUACCCAUUAUGCUUGCUGUAGGAAAGGCAUAGCCUUGCCUACAGCGCUUGGUCUCCCAUCCGUAAUACAGCCGCAUUGGACGCAGGUUAGUUUUUUAAUACACUUAACAAUAAAAUAAUUGUGUCUAAUAUGCCGGCAAAUAUGGUAAUUCCCUUCAUUUAUGGAUUGUGCAAUCGUUAAUUUUACGUAUUGUAUCCUUAGCUAACGAGAUUAUGCAAGAUAGUGAUGCAUGGUGAUGCUUUUGAACAUUCAUCGUGAAAAUACAAGUUUGAAAAUGCAUAAAGAGAUGUAUUUUAUUUUCAUAACUAAAAUACAUCAGCAGUCAGGAGCAAGGUAGAAUCUUUAAUAAUAUAGGUUCAGGAUAUUAAUGUCAGCUGAAAAAAGACUGUAUAUAUUAUAGAAACUAUGAUUUGGGAUUAUUUUUGCAUUCAGCAUUGUCUUUUUGUUUAACAGACCUUUGAAACAUUUUUUCUACUUUUUUCCAGCAGUGAUGUUCUACACUAUUUUAAAUAGUAUACAUUAAUGGAAGUCUGGGAACUUGUACCUACUCCACUCUUAUACCUGUUAGUAUUUGUAGUUUCUGGUAAUGUGUAUCAAGUAUUGGAAACAAAUCCUUAAAGAAAAGUUGUCAAAUUUCAAAAUUUUUUGUUAAUUCAGUCCUUAGAUUUUUGUUUUAAUUUAUUAAUUAAGAUUAAUGUUUUUACUCUAUUGAGAACAAUUCCUUUAGACCAGAGAUAAAAGGGUUAAUGAUGUUGACACAAUGUUCUAAUUACACUGUUUAUUAAUAAAAAUUAUUACUGGAUAACAGUAUUGUAUUUAACUGUAAACUGUAAUUAGUUUCUUAUGUUGUCAUUCAUAUUUUAAACCCAGGAAUUUUUCAGUAACUUAAGAUUGAGAAUAUACACUUUAAGAUAACUGAGGUAUGUCAGUUUUCAAAGACAUUUGUUGUACCUUUUGCUUGUCGAAGUAAUUGAUUUUAAGUAUUAAUUUAUUGUUUUGUGAUAUUGUCGCCUUGUCAUUUUUAUGUUGGUUUUCUUCUCUUUGCUUUUCCAUUUUGAAGUUGUCUUUCCCAUAUUUUCCAUUUUGGUGAUAUCCAUCAAGUUGUGAAAAUCAGAUGUAACCUUUCUUUUCAAAAACACUAUUGUAUCAUGUACAGUAUAUGUACUUAAAAUAUAGUUGAUUAUAGGAGCUAUCAUUCAUUUUGUCACAUUUGAUUAUUUGUGGUUGGGGAAAUUGUUGGUGUAUCAGUCUGUGAGUUUAUCCUGCAUUAUAUUAUUAAUUAGCUUACUAUUUUUUUGAAUACAAGGAACAGGUUAAUGUUGAAUUUAUUAGAAAUUUGAACCUAUUGCAAAAGAAUAGAAUUCUAACAUACAAAUGUCCAGUAUUGGAUGAUAUACAAUUUUCAGUAGCAAUGCCAAAGUUCAAGUGAAGACUAUUAUUUAAGAGUAGUGAAAUGCUGUAAUAUUGUGAUAUAGCUGUAAGUGAAGAGGUAGAUUUACUGCAUUGGAAAGCAGAAAGAAAUUAAGUAUUUUUGUACAAAUUUUAUGCAAUUUUAUGCAAGAGCAGUGAAUACUAUAUCUAACAUUUUGAUCUAUUUCAUACAGUGGUGUUACUGUGUUUGUUUAAUAUACUGUACCACAUUCAGUGGUUAUUGUUUUCUGGCAAUUUAUUUUUUAUAUUGUAGUAUUUGGUUUAUCCACCUAUAAAUUGAUCUGUGUGUGUUUUUGAUUAUCACAUACAUUAUUUCAGCACUGUGUUGUUAGCUUAAUUUUUUUCUUUUAAUAACAUAGAAACUUUCUUUGUAAUUCAGGAAUGUAACUGUAAGUCGGAAUUAAGUUUUCCUUUCCAUAUUGCUUGUCAUAAAAGAGUCACAAGCAAUAUCCAAGAUUCAAAGCACAAAUAGAAAGCAACUCAUGGUUAGAUUUUGCAGAUAAAAUGCACUAUUACAUGCAAAGAGAAUGUGAAAGACAUGAUUGACUGGUUGAACUGCUUUUCUAAAUGCUUUUGAUAUUUAUUUACCUGAAUUUGAAAAAUAAAAAAAUAAUUUAUCCAA